UUCGGUCCAAUUGUCAUUUUUGCAAGGGAAGGUUCAUCUAUGGAGUGACAAGCCGUUUAAAAACAAGCAGUGUUAUUGUUUGUGAUACAGAAGUCAAGAUGGGGAUUAAAUUAUUAUAUAUCAUUCCGUUGAUGUUAGUUCAAACUGUUUAUGGAGGCAUAGAAUUCAAUGUACAAGAGAAUCCGCUGAAAUGUCUGACAGGAAACUUAAUAAAUGUGAUCUGUUCACUAACAGCAAAUGAGGAGCAUCAGAAUGCGAAGUUACAAUGGAUUGACAAAAAUGAUAAUCCAGUUUUAAGUACAAGCCUUAGCAAAGUGCCAUAUAUAAAGGAUCUUGGGGCAACAGGUGUUAUGCUUUCACUUGGCACGUGUUCAGAUGAAACGGCAGGAACUUACAAAUGUCAAGCGGUCGUUGAUGGAACUGUUGUAUUCGAGAAUGAGAUUCGUAUAAAGCAUAUAGCAUUACUGACCUUGACAAAUUGUGAAUUGGAACAGUGGGGUAUACUUGGACAAGAGUCACAAAUUGAAUGUACAGCCCAGCCUAGUGGGGUUAUUGUGUUUUGGGACAGGGAUCCUCCCCUUGGCAACAAUAGUGACAAUGAAUAUGUGAAAUCGCCAACAUCUUUAAGAAUUAAGAACACUAAAAUGUCUGAUGCUGGGACUUACACCUACACUGCAGUUCAGAAAGAAGGGGCCCAGACUGAGGUUCGGAAUAUUAAAUUUGACGUUUAUACUGCACCAACAAUUGUAGGACCAAUACUUCAGACAACAGCUAUUGUUGGAAGAUCAGCAACACUGUACUGUAAGGCAAGAGGAAUUCCUGAUCCAGAAAUUGAAUGGAAAAAACAAGGGUCGGCAAACGCUCUACGAACAACUGACCGUAUAAUUGUGAGUAAAAGAAAGGAGGGUGAAGAUAUCCAAGGAAUUCUUAAUUUUACAUCUGUAGUGAAGGAAGAUGAGGGUUUUUACACUUGUACCGCCCAAAAUAUCGCAUCAAGUAAGGAAUCAGUGGAAGAAGCAAAAACAGAAGAUAAACUUACAGUACAAAUACCUCCAACGAUUGAAAAAAUUUCUGGAGGUAAGGGCAAGGAAGGCGGGCCAGCAAAUCUUGAAUGUAUAGCAAGAGGUGAUCCAAUUCCAGAAAUGAUAUGGUUUAAUGUGAAAACUGGUGAAAGGCUCUCAGUAGGAACAGCAGGCAAGGAUAUUAGUGUGACAAAAGAGGACCUUACAGAGCCUAGUAACCUGGGAGCCCGCCUGACAGUGAAAUUUGACAAGCUAAAACAUUCUGAUGCAGGAGAGUAUAAAUGCGUGGCAACCAAUAAGGCUGACACAGCUGAAGCUAUUGUAAACCUUGAAGUACAAUAUAAACCAAAUUUUAAUGAUCAGGGACCAACAACAUUCUACAAUUGGUAUGUGGAAGGGGAGGAUAAAGACAAUUAUCUUACAUGUAUUGCUAACGGCAACCCAUUGCCAUCCUUUACAUGGUAUAAAGGUGAUGCAGAAAUCACUCCCGGCUACCCCCAACAUUCUGUGGUAAAUGAAGAGACUGACCCUGAAAACCCACAUAGAGCUGUCAGUAAACUAUAUGUAACGUAUACUGGUCAAAAUGGUGAUAAUGUAUUUGGUGAAUAUAGAUGUGUAGCUGCUAAUUUGCAAGGCAGAAGUGAAAUUACUUUGACUAUGGAACAAGCAAAACCUCCGGGAGAGCCGAUUGUUAGUGCACAAGACGAGGAUGCUACUUUCAUUGAUUUCUGGUUAGAAGGGCCAGUAGUGAGAGGACCAGAGGUUACAGAGUAUAAGGUAAUCUACAAAGUUAAAGGAAGCCCUGAUGAACCCAAGGAACUUACCGUCCAAAAAGAAUAUAGGGAUCAUAUUGAUACAUCAAGGAAAUAUACUGUUCUCACUGUCAGAGAUCUCCUUCCAAGUACAGAGUAUGUGUUUACCUUCUACGCAACAAAUGCCGUUGGGACAGGACCAGGAAGGGAGUUCCCCAAAACUACAAAAGCUGUCAGUGUGCCUGAUAAACCGGAGAUAACAACUCAGUCCAACUCUCCACAGCAGACCAGGAUUUUGGUACAAUGGACUGUACCAAGCAAUGGAGGGGCUGCAAUUUUGGAAUACAAACUCACUUACCAAAGGGUGAAUGUAAACAAAACUUUUGAUAGUACUAAAGGCUACGAAGUAUUGAACAAAGUCAGCUCAGAGUCAACUAUAACAGGAAUUAAAGAUCCAUCUUAUACUAUCAGAGAUCUUCUUCCUGGAACAUACUACCAGAUUAAAGUUUCUGCCCGCAAUCGGGAGGGCUUUAGUGUUGCAGAUAGAAAGGUUAUUCGAACCCAAACCGCUGAAUUUGCACCUGGUGCAAGCACUGGACAACCAGGAGGAUUGUCAACAGCAGCGAUCAUCGGAAUUGUUAUUGGCAUCUUUUUCUUACUGUUCAUCAUUGUCGAUGUGACAUGCUACUUCAAGAACAACUGUGGAAUCUUGAUGAGUAUCAGGGAGAAAGUAGGAGGAGGCAGGGAGGAGGGCUAUGCUGUCGCUAAAACAGAAGAUGUUGAAAAUUUGGCAAAGAAAGAUGAAUUAACUGAGGAGGUGAAAGCAGCAGAGGAGGGUGAACUUGCUGAGACACAGGAAGAUGAGAAGAAAGAGCCAUUGUUAUCAGAGGAACAGAAAGUAGACACAGUUGAUGAAGGAAAACCAGAAGAGAAAAAGGAGUUAGAACCAGAAGAGAAGGAAGCUGCUAAUGCAGAACAAGCUAAAAUUGAAUCUCCAAAAACGGAGCAGGCGCCCACUGAAGAACCAGCACAAGAAGAUAUCCCGGCAGCUGAUGACCAGCCUUUGACUGAGAAAACAGAUAAAUCACAAGAGUAAACUUCUUGGUCAGCCCUCAUCUAUGAACAUUUAUAAGAACUGUCUCAGAUUAGUGUUAACUUGCUGGCCAUUUUGUACAAUAUAUACUUUACUGUUUCUUUGUCUCAAUUAACAUGUGAUAAUUAGAAGGUGUGCGACUUUUCAGGACUGGUCAUAAUUUCAGGCUUUUAAUUGUUUGAACAUACCAGCUAUGUAACUCCUUUUUGAAAAAUGGUUUGAUUUUGUGAGUUUAUAUCUGUGUAACUGUACUGGAAGGGGAUGUUACAAAGUUUAGUAUUUAGAUUUUAGGUAUCACGCUUUCAGCUGAAACUGAGGCCUGAAUUAAAGUUAGAAUCUUCACAACAUUAUUCAGUCACUGCACAUACAAGAUGAAUAAUGGGUCAAGUGAAGGUACUACAUUUUUCUCAGUUGAGCUUGGUUUACUGACUGAAUACACAUGAUACAAACCUACUUUAAUAAGAGAAUUUUUUCUUGUAAUUUUCUUACUUACAAGUUAUGUAUGAAAUUGUUCUUGUUUGUUAGUAUAUUUUAUAAGACAAACAGUUAAUGUUUAGUGACUUUGCUUAUAUAGUUAGAAGAGUGUUAUGAAAUUUAUUUAGAAAAAAAAAAGAUUUACGCAAGACUUUCAACAUUCUAUUGCAUCAUUUUUAAAAGCAUUAUUCUGCAAUAGAAAGCUGUUACAAAUUCAUUACCGAUUUAAAUUUACAUCAGUCACCAUUCUAGAAAACGCUAAAUCAUUCUGUACCUCAAAAUUUUUAUUUUGAUAAUCGCGCCUCUCAUCCGAGUGCUUUCUUAACACCGCUUCCAUUAACAAAGACACUAUUGUUUGGUUUAUAUAUAUAUUUGUGUUUGUGUCUAUAAUAAUGCAAAACAUCAAAUGUGAACCAUUUUGAAAUCAUAAGCUUACUAUAUCUGACCUUUUAUAAUACUUGCUAACUUACUAAAAUAUGUUGUGAAAAUAGUCCUAAAACGAUAACUUGAAUGUGUGUAAUAGUUGUGUUCAGAGAGAUUGGUUUAAGAGAGAAGGAUAUUGACUUGAAGUAAGCAUACAUACCAAUAAAAUCUGAAAAGUAGAUCCCUCGGAAGCAGUCUCAUGGAUUUUCUGAAAUAAUUGAAAACUAUUUGGAAAUGUUACUCUUUAUUGAUACUACAUUUUAUGUCAUGUCAUUCAACCUUGAUAUUCAGGAUGAAUAACCAUUCAUGAUUUUCAGGAUUGCUAAAUGUCCUUGAUAUUCAGGAUGAAUAACUAUCCAUGAUAUUCAGGAUUGUUAAAUGUCAUUGAUAUUCAGGAUAACUAAAUGUCUAUAAUAUCCAGGGUUGCUAAAUGUUCAUGAUAUUCAGGCUGGUUAAAUGUCCAUGAUAUUCAGGCUGGCUAAAUGUCUAUGAUAUUCAGGAUGACUAAAAGUCCAUGAAAAUUUUUCAACUAUUUGACAAAACCUGAAAGUUUUCAGUACACAUUACAAAAUAAUACCAUCUUAUGAUGUAAUGAAAGCUUGGAGUUUACACAGUUGCAUGUUUUCUUGAUAAUGCAAUAUAAAUAUUAUGUGUGCACAAGAGUAAUUUUUGGUGUGUGAGAAAGGUAACUUUUGUGUAGUGUUGUCGCCUGUUUUGAAAUGUUUAAUCAGUUUUUUGCUACUGUUGUAAAGUUGUAUUUAAAAUACAAUUAAAGGGACCAAGUCCGGAAAUCUGUAGUCAUUUAGACCUGUAAUGUUGUUGUUGUAGCUAUAGAAUGUUUAAGUUGUCUUAUAUACAAAGAGCACAUAUUUUCCUGAAUAUGGUAGAUUCUACCUGUAUGUUUAUAAUCUUUUUAAGAUCAUUUUAAAGAAUGAGUGAUUCUCCUUGUACACAAAGAGCACAUAUUUUCCUGGACAUGGUAGUGCAUAAUGUUUGACAACAUCUGUAUAAUAAUUAUAUAGAACAUUUUAUAAGAUAUAUUUAUAGAAUAUGUCAAGUUCUGUAAGUACACACAGAAUGCAUAUUUUUUUGAACAUGGUUCCUAUGUCUUAAUUUAAUAUCAAUUUGUGAGUUGUCAGGUUAACAAAAGUUCAUCCAGUUUAAUUUUCGAGAAAUAUUUUAUGUUUUAGUUGUAUUUAUAAGCAAGCAGCUCUGUUGAAAUAUGUUAAAAUUUUGUGUACAUAUUGAUAUAUUGACAGAAAAUAGGUUGACAUCACUAAACUUUGAAAAUUGUUUCUUUCACCUAAACAUGACUGUUCUACAUGUUUUUUUUAUAACCUGGCAACUCACAUUUGAAUAGAUAUAUCUUUUUGGAUUGUUAUAUUAAAAAUGCCUUUUGUGAUGAAUAUUGCGUAUGAUAAGAUUUUGAACAAGAAUUAUCAGUGUAGCAAAAAUGAAUGCAAUCAAUGUACUAAGCUGUCCCUUCCCUUCCCAACACAGAAGUAUCUUUCUGGUGAACAAAGUGCUAAUAUUAUGGUUUCUAUCUGAUACACUAUUGGAAUAGAACAUGUGUACACAGUCCAAUAGCCCAUUACAUAGCACAUCAGAACAGUUUUCUGAGUUUUCCAAGGUCGGGAAUUUCAGUGAACUCUUCAAAUACUUAAUGAGAGCUAAAGACUCCUAAAGUUAAUCAUCAGACCCUAAUGUCACAGGGUGGUAAAAAGUAAUUUUAUCAGAUAUGAAUGUCAAUGAGUGAGAAAAAGUAAUUCUGUCUGACCCAUAUGUUACAGGGUGUGCAAAAAAUAAUCUGUCAAACCCAAGUGUCACAUGGUGAGACAAAAGUUAUUCUGUUAGACCUGAAUGUCACAGGAUGAGAAAAAAAGUAACUCUAUUAGACCAAAAUGUCAUAAGAAGAGAAUAAAGUAAUUCUAUCAGACCCAAAUGUCACAUGAUGAGUGAAAUUUUGAAUAAAAAAGCAAGGAUGAAUAUUAAACAGACGACAACGCAUAUUAAGCAUUACAAUGACAUCACGAAUGUUGUCACACACACCAAAUGAAGUUUACAUGCCAGUAUGGAAAAUUAUUGACAUUAAAGUUUCUAUUGUACAUUAACCAAGUUUUAAAAAAUGGAUAUGUAAUAAUAGUGUAUGUUAACUUAUAUGAAGUAAGCUGAGAUAAGCAUGUUGUGUCAGUAAAUGGUUGUUUUGUAUCAGCCACCUUGCUCCAGUUACCCCACUCUAAUCAAGGAAUUAAAUAGAAUGAAUAUGUAAUUGUCGAUCUAGCUUUAAUCAAUCCAAACUUCAAUCCAUCUCAAAUUUCUAAAUUCCCAAAGCAUUUUCACUCUCUUCACAAGUUACUAAUAAUAAUGUUAGAUCUAAUAUUUGUUAUUAAGAGUCAAGUCUUGUAAAAUUUAAUUGCUUUGUCUUUUCUCAAUUAUAAUGGCAGGGACAGUCUUAAUCUAAAUGUCUCAUUUUGUUAACUGUCACGGGAAAAAGAUGUGUAGGAAAAGAAUUGGAACCACUGCCCCUUAAAAGGUAACUAAUAGGGUCCGAACACUGAACACCUGGUUUGCUGUAUCUCUGUAAUUCAAGCAAGUAUAAAAGUUUUGAUUCCAUACCUCAUGUUUUUAUUUCAAUAUCAAUUAGAUGUGAAACCAAAAUGUUUAGUCCUAUUUGGCGCCAUAUAACCUGUAUUGUGUCGGUGUGUGGUAAACCCAGAUCAAACCAAAUUUCCCCCAAAAUAGCUUUUGUUUUGUGAUGGAAAGAUUGGGACUUACAUAACCAUCUCUAUUUAAGAUCCUUGUUGUAUUGCUAGAUGUUCAUAUUUUAAUUACUAUAGUUGUGGAUGUAUUUUGUUUGGAAACCUCUGUCAUAAGAGCUCAUGUUUGUAUUGUAUUUAAGGAUGUUGCAAGCAUAUUUGUGUUUUUUACUUGUAUUUUAUUUUACUUAUUUAUAUAUAUUAUAUGUACUCGAAAUAUAACAUGGCUAACCAGAUUAGAUCUUUACAUAAGAAGUCUCUUUAUUCUUAUCUUAGAAAGUAUAUAAAUUUUAAAACUAAAGAUAUCACUGUUUAUUGAAUCCCUAAAUGCAAGAUAUCAGUAGUUGAUAACUAUAAAUAUUAGGUAUUUUUGUUAAAGAAACCUAAAAACUUUUGAUACCUCUGUUAAAAUAACCAUAAAAUUUAAGAUGUCACUGACAGGUAUUUUUUUAAAUGGAAUUCGGCAUCUAUAUUUGGAUGAGAACAAGAUGGCGUUAUAUUUGUUGAUGUUUUUGUUAGAUAUUGCAGCACUUACCUCACUUAAACUGAUUGUUAGUUUGUUUAAAUUCUAACUGCCUUUGCUCUGUGACAUAUUAGAAUAGUUCGCCAGUCUUUGGAUUGAAAUAAAGGUGAAAAGAGGUAAAUGCCUAUGCAUGCAUAAAAGAAAAUUUAAAAUGGCAUUAGAAAACGGGUUUAAAUUCUGUUAAGUUUUUUGGCAUUCUUACAUAUUUUAUAACUUGAGUUUUAAUUUGUGAGACAAAAAGCUUAAAAUUAUUAUAUUUCUUUUAAGAUAUAUGAGUCAUUAUGUUAAAAAGGGCUGUCUUGUUUGAUUUUUUAGAUCUUGAUGUUUGCAUAUUACUUAAGAAAAGCACAAUAUUUUCUGUGCUGAAGUAUAACAUUGCAAUGUUGAAAAUUUGCACUAUAUCCAAAACUGUAGUUCAAUGAUUGCGACAUAAAUUACCUCAAGAUCAAAAUGUCAUUUUGCAAGAUAGUCUUUCUUACCAUGACAACACAUACAAAUAAAUACCCAAAGAUAUUAUUUAGCUUAAUUCUGUAGAUAAGAGUAUAUUAUGACAUUUUCUUGCCUACCUCUUAUUGAUAUUUUUUUUUGUUCAUUAUAAAGGAUGUAUACAUCUUUAACUCUUACAUACAGUAUUGGCCCUUAGUCCACAUGCAGAAAUAUUUAUACCAUAUCAAGCAGAUAAACCCAUUACAAGAUGUGCAAUUUCACUUUUCUUUUUUCAGUUUCUCAUAACAUAUAAUCAGUAUUUGCAUUGAUAGAUACAUUUUAAAAUUUUGCUUUGUUUUUUAUCAAAUUAAAUUAUGUAUUUUUGUAGGAAAUAGUAUUAAUAUUACAAUAAUUAUGUAGUCUAUUUAUUAACUAUUAUAAAAUUUAAAUUUUUUGCAGUUUUCAUAUUUUCUACCAUAAUCUGAAGAGAAAUCUUUCAUACAUAUUGUAAAAUGCUGAUAUAUAUACAAAAUUAAUGAAAUACUUGAUUGAUCUUAAUUCAUUCAACUUUCCAUUUUCUCAGUAUGAACAGCUUUUGUAGUGUCUAAGGAUGUCCUUGUUGUCAAUUACAGCAUUUUAUAGGUAGAAAUGGAGUUCAUUUUGUUUAAGUUGAAUUUAUUUUCUGAAAUGUAAAAGAAGACAAUUUCAGAUAAAUGUUCUGUGUUCCUGAGUAAGCAUCAUGGAUAGUAUGCCUGCUUAAGCAUUGUUCAAUGCUUCUUGGAGUUCUGCUUGUACAUUUUGUUAUUAUUCGUGAGAAAACCAGCUUGUUCACUGGAAACAAAUACGGUCUGUUAUUUGACAUUGUUACAAGCUACCACUGGUACCUUUUAAGAAUAAGCUUGAAUUUUCAUUAAUUUGUCGGCUCUGAUUAUAAAGUGAAUCAACAAAUUAUACAAAUGGUACAUUACUAUAAAAUUAUUCGUCAAUAUUGCAACAAGCAUAUCUUUUUAACAACCAUUGCUUUCAUGUAUACCAUUUAUUUCCUACUGAAAGUUCUUAAUAGAGAACUACCCUUUUUAUAGAUCUCACAAUAACAAGUGUUGUGAUUAGUUGUUGCUAUGGUGUCAUCAACUGUACCUAUGUUCUCACAAGAGUUUUUAUUUUGAUAAUUAUAUUUGCAUAGUUAGUAAAUAUCUCUUUCUUGUGAUAAGUCUGCAUACAAUUGUUUACCACAGUUACCUUUGCACUAGCAAUAUUAGUUUUUAAUGCCACUCAUGUUUUAGAACCAAGCUCGCAUUUUUCACUUAUGCAUUUUAAAAUCUAAAAUUUUAAACCAUUUCUUUCAGAAUUUUAAAACUAUUUCUGAAAAUGAAAUGUUCUUCUGAUUAUCACAUAAUCAUACAAAAUGUACACUAGGUUUUUAAAUUCUGUAAUCUUAUAAGGGAAUGUUUAUCGUGGUUGUUUUUCUUCCUUUCAUGAUUCAUCCUUUUUGCUGACCAGAGCAGGUGGAGCUAGUAACUAUAGAUUGGCUUAUAUUCAAUAGGAGCUUUUGAUGUUGAUUCGCCAUAAAGUCCAACUCACUUAUUUGUGAUAGUUUUAUGUUCGUGAUAAGCGUGUCACACGAAGUCAAAACUCCCGCAAAAUAUAACUUGUGUUAUCUCCAACAGUAGAAACAACUACAAAGUGCGAAUUCUCAAAAAUAGCUCUGUUGUAUAUAAAAUCUUGAAACUAAGGGAUGGAAAAAGUACUGCAUCUACAAUGAGGUGAACUAACUUGGUAUAGAUUCCAGUCAUAAUUUUGUCAGUUUUGCAUAGCCAUUUAACAGUCUUGCACAAAAUUUGAUGUGAUGUGAUUUUUACCAAAAAAAUAGUGAAGAUUUAUGCUAACUGUGUCUUGUUAGAUCUAAAACCCUUGAGCCAUCCAGCUUGCUUAGGAAAGUUCAGUUUAUCUACCCAGGUGCCUGCAAUAUUACCUGGAGAGUAUUUCUCCACUAUCAAAAGGUAGACAGUGGUCAUAUGACAUAUACUUUUGUCAGCGUGACAUGAAUCCCAACAAAAAGAAAAACCUUCGAAAAUAAGUUACAGUUUAAUUGUAGAAAAAAACAGCUGCUGAAUGUGUAUAGGUUAUUUUCAUAAGAUUUUCAUCAACGUUAGUCAAAAAUGGUAUGUGGAUAAAAUUUACAAGAGUAUGUGUAUAAUUUAAUAAUCUAAAAUAUUUUCUUGUCAGAAUGACUUUUGGUACGGCUCUAAAACAACUAUUGUAUGUAAGUUUACAAAUAUUCAAAGGCAAAACAUGUUUGUGUGAUCAGUGAAGAGCUAUGAUGGUGCAUUUAUUCUCAUGCAUCUAAGUCUUUUGCACCUGUGAGUUUAGCUUUGUAUAUACAGGAAUAAGCUUAAAUUGAUGUUUUUUAACAUUCCAUCUUGGUCAUGUUUUUGGACAUAUAUUGUCCCUGUUAUUCUUUGAGAAUAUUUGUUUAUGAUACAAAAGUAAGAAAAAGAACUAAAGAAAAUGUUAAGGACGGACUGUUUGUUGGACAAUUCAUGAUAAUUGUUAGAAUAAUGAUAAUUUUAACACUAUGGUUUUUCACAAAGAUAAUAUGAAAACUUAUAGACAAGUCAGUGCUAAUAUAUUUUCAACAUGCAUAAUAUUUACUGCAAUAACAAAAUAUUAAUCCUUUAUUAAGACAAUAUACAUGUAUAUUACUUGAUGUACAUGUGUAGAAAAGGCAUAAUUUAUAUAAAAAAUUGAAGCCAUCGGUAAUCCAAAGUUACUUAAAUACAUAGUGAACGCUGCUUUUUGUACAUAUAUCAUGUGUUGUGCAGUUUGAAUGUGUUACACAUAUUACAAUUUUCGUGUUUUCUUUAUAUAUGUAUACAUACGGUUUUGAGAAUACAUUCUAUGAUUCAAGUGAUCCGUUCAUCAGAUAAAUUGAUUGUAUUUGUCCUCUACAUAGGAAAUGGAAAUACAUGUACUGCAUUAUUCGAGUACUUUAUUUUAGUGAACAUUUUGUUGUCAAGAACUACUCAAAAGAUACUUGAAUAGCCUAAAAAUAUAAUUAUAUAUAUAUCCUACAGAAAUAUAUUUAAAAUAUAAAUGGUUGUUUUGUGAAAAUCAGUUUAAUUUAUUUGUUGUUGAUUUUUUUCUACAGUUUUAAUAGGAUGUAUAUUUAUAGAAAUAAACUAGUUUGCAGUAACGGUUAUAAUAGAGAACAAAAUUAAUAUUUUCUAAAAAUGACUUAUACUGAAUCUGAAAUAAUUUCUCAGUACAAAAUAUUAAUGUAAAUUAUAGUGGAUGCUUGAAUCAUAGACAACUUGUAUUGUUAAUGUCAUACAAUGUCAUUCAGUAUUGUGCUUGCUGUUUGCUAUAUUUUAAAGAGUAUUUGUAUCUUUCUAAUUACAUAUGCUUAAUAAAAAUAUCACAAAAAUAGA